AUGGCCGAUUUUGGACUGCGCGCCUACCAGAGGGAAGUGGUCGAAAGGGCUCUGAAGAGAGAAAACGUCAUUAUUUGGCUGCCAACGGGUGGUGGAAAGACCCGAGCUGCUGUCUAUGUGGCCAAAAGGCAUCUGGAGACCACAGAGAAUGCUAAAGUGAUGGUGCUGGUCAACAAGGUUCACCUUGUGGACCAACAUUACACCAAAGAGUUUGAACCUCAUCUGGGUGAUCGUUACAAACUCAUGAAGGUCAGCGGUGAGAGCGAGGAGAAGGAUUUCUUUGGGAAAGCGGUGCAGACCAUGGACCUGAUCAUCUGCACAGCCCAGAUCCUCUAUAACGCUCUGAUUAACAAGGAGGAAGCAAGACACAUCGAGCUCUCAGAUAUCACGCUCCUGAUAAUCGACGAGUGCCACCACACCCACAAGGAGUCCGUCUACAACAAAAUAAUGAGAUGCUACAUAGCGCAAAAGCUGAAAGGACAACAACCCAUCCCACAGAUCCUGGGUCUGACUGCGUCACCAGGCACAGGAGGGGCAAAGAUCUUGGACGAUGCUGUGAUGCACGUGCUGGAGAUCUGUGCUAACCUAGACUCAGUUAUCGUCUCAGCUAAAAACUACACACCUGAGCUGGAGGAGAAGGUACCCCGGCCCAAAAAGACCUUUGACAUUGUGGAAAAAAGGAAGACAGACCCAUUUGGAGAUCAUAUAAAAUGGAUGAUGGAGCUGAUCCAUGGUUACAUGAAUCUUCCUUCUGACGUGAGGCUCAGAGAAUGUGGCACCCAAGAAUACGAGGCUGAUGUGGUGAUUCUGGAGCAGCGAGGAGUUAGAGAGGACAACAGACUCUUGGCACAAUGCGCACUCCAUCUCAGACAGUACAACGACGCCCUGCUCAUCAACGACACCCUGCGGAUGAUGGAUGCGUAUCGCUCCCUGGAGGAAUUCUACAACGCAAAGAACGCCACGGCCAUUGAUGGAACAGACUACUUCCUGGUGGGGCUUUUUCAAGAAAAUCAGAUGGAGCUGAGGAAUAUUGCUACAGAUCCUCAGUUCGAGAACCCGAAAAUGGCGAGACUUGAGAGCACUCUGCUAGGCCAGUUUGGACCAGACGUCCAGUCUAGGGGAAUACUCUUUUCCAGAACUCGCAAGAGUACCCACUGCCUUCUAGACUGGGUCCAAAAGAACAGACCCUUGCAGAAAGCUGGGAUAAAAGCGGCCAUCCUCACAGGGGCUGGUAAUGGCAUCACUUACAUGACACAGAACGAGCAGGCAGGAACAAUCCGCAACUUCCGAAACGGUAAGCUGAACCUCCUGAUCUCCACCAGCGUGGCUGAGGAAGGCCUUGACAUCCCUGAGUGCAACCUGGUGGUACGCUACGGACUCCUCACAAAUGAGAUUGCACAGCAGCAGGCCAGCGGACGGGCUCGAGCGAGGGACAGCCAGUAUUCGGUAGUCGCCCAAGCAGGCGGACGAGAGGUCCGCCGAGAGCGCAUCAACGAGUACCUGGAAGAGCUGACGGGAAAAGCCAUUGCCAGGGUCCAAGGCAUGAGUGAAGACCAGUUUCGCAGAAAGAUAACCGAGAUUCAAACACAUGCCAUCAUUAAGAGCAAAGUUUUAGAAGCUCGCCUAACAGAAAAGAAAAACCAAUACGCUGCCUCUAGCGUCGAGAUCUUGUGCCGAAACUGUUUUGCACCUGUGGCGUCUGGGAAUGACUUCAAACUUCUUGAAAACUCUCACUAUGUUAACAUAAAUCCAGCCUUUAGAAAAUACUACAAACUGGGUGGAAAGGUGGUGCUAGAGAAGCGUUUCGAGGACUGGGAGCCCGGAUGCACUGUAAGCUGUAACAAUGGCAACUGCAACAAGGAUUGGGGAUUCGAAAUGAAAUACAAGGAGGUGGCCCUACUGCCAAAUGUAGCCAUCAAGAACUUUGCACUGCAGACGCCUGCUGGAAGGACCACGGUUAAGAAGUGGAAGGAUGUUCCUUUUAUGGUCGAGGAGUUCAGCUUUCAACAGUACUGUGAAGAGAACUUCCCGGACUUGUUUGAUUAAGACACAAAUCGUCUCUGGGCUUUUUCUUUUAAACCACUCCACUUUCCACUUGUUUCCAGUGUUUUUAGAUGUGUAAGAUAAACAUCCAUUUUACUAUUUGAGGUGCUUCAACGUGAAGACCUCCUUUUAAAAAAAAAGUAACUCCAUGGUGUUGGUGCUGGCGGGCCAGUGACGUAGAAGCUGAAAACUGCAACUCAUUGAGCAUGCUUGGCAUUAGCGAGGCAGCUUUGUUUAUGCCCAGGGUCUACUGCAUGCAUGUAUGGCACACUUUUCCUCUGCUUCGUUGAAAGUCCAAGCAGAAAAUUAACUUUGGUUUUACAUAAACUUUAAACAUGAACUGGUUUUUAGACACUUUAGUUGGAAGAAGCAUUUAGGAAUAAAUGCUUAAGAAUGAAUUUAAAUGCUGUUGAAUGAAAUGUGUUUUCCAUGCAUGUAUGCACUUUUAACUCAAUCUAAAGAUGAAAAUAAAUUAUUUAAAGAAAG